AUGCUGCUGCUGCUCCUGCUGCUGCUGCUGCUGCUGCUGCUGCUGCUGCUGAUGGUGGUGGUGGUGGUGCUGGUGCUGGUGGUGGUGGUGGCCGUGGUGGUGCUGGUGCUGGUGGUGGUGGUGGUUGGAGUGGAUUUCGUGUGUGGGGGCAAAGACACCUUCGUCUACACCGUUGGCCUCACAGCGAGGAACGCGACAUUCUCUCCCAAGGUGUACUGCAGCAACCCCAACUCAAAGGGGUGCCGGGGCCUCACGGAGCUGAACGAGCAGCUAUGCCGAGUAUCUAGGGCGAGGAACGCGACAUUCUCCCCCAAGGUGUACUGCAGCAACCCCAACUCAAAGGGGUGCCGGGGCCUGACGGAGCUGAACGAGCAGCUGCAGCAGGAGCGGCCAGCAUCUGUUAUGAUGGCAGGCAUCUCGUGUCACCCAAAGGGCACCGCCUUUGCUCUUAUGUUCACCGACGGAACAGUCCUAGCAAUGGGGGAGGAGCUGCAGGGGGGAGAGAUGACAGCUGAAGCCAAGGAGGAGAACUGCCAACCCAGAUACUACUGUCGAGGUCUGUGUUUGGCUGCAGGAGGAGAACUGCCAACCCCUGAGCCGAGCGAUUGCUCUCAACUGAUAGCAGCAGAUGUAGGGUUUGUUGCGAUGACAGCUGCUGGCGUUGUUUACUCCUGGGGCAAGGGAAUCGUUCUCCCUUCACGGCUGAAUACUGCAGAGUUUCAAAUAGCAGCAGAUGUAGGGUUUGUUGCGAUGACAGCUGCUGGCGUUGUUUACUCCUGGGGCAAGGGGAUCGUUCUCCCUUCACGGCUGAAUACUGCAGAGUUUCAAGGUUUAGGUUGUGUUUUGGAUCUGCCUGUCCUCAGGCGGCUUCAAUAUGGGCUGAGAAGACAUGCUUUGCUGCCAUCUCCACUACAGGCAAACCACAAGGGGGAGCUGGCUGUGUGGGGCACGAGCACGAGCUCCGCCCCCUUUUGUAACGAGGGUUUUGCUGCCUCGGACUCAGUUUCUUUUCAGCAGGUUAAGCAGCGGCUAUCAUCAGGCGUCAAGCUGGUUCGUUUCAAUGAAAGAGCAGCAGCAGCAGCAAGACAAAAAGGAGAAACAGAAACAGCAGCAGGCAGCUGGGAGAUUAUUGCUUGGGGCGAUCCAGAGGCGGGCGCCAACGCCCCCAACAGCCUCCACUCUGUUGUUAAAAACGGCGUCAAAAGGGAGCUGGCUGUGUGGGGCACGAGCACGAGCUCCGCCCCCUUUUGUAACGAGGGUUUUGCUGCCUCGGACUCAGUUUCUUUUCAGCAGUGGUUCGUUUCAAUGAGAGAGCAGCAGCAGCAGCAAGACAAAAAGGAGAAACAGAAACAGCAGCAGGCAGCUGGGAGGGGGUGCGGUUCAGGGGUUAUGUGUUGGGGUUUACGGGGCCUUCACGCCAACACCGCAGCAUUUCUGGUGGUUGGCUCUCAAAACCUAAUUGGGGUUUGGGGGGAUAGCUCGUCAGGGGGCGGCAGUAUUCCUCUAGAGUAUACUCACAAUCGUGUUAGCGGCACCACAGUACAAGAAGGGGUGGUGAUAAGCAUAGAAGAGGGAACCUCUGUUGUGAGGGGCAUCAGCAGCAGCAACUACUUCUUUGGGUCCAUUGCUGUUGGAGUGGAGAGCUGCCGAGGCCCCGAUGCAGCCACCGAAGAAUGCGUUGAUAUAUUAACAACUGAAGAAACGGAGACAGAAGCAUCUGCUGCUGCUGCUGCUUCUCUCUCUGGUGAGGCUAUCAUUGGGAUCGCUGCUGCAGCUCUGGGGAUCGUCUUGGUUAUGGGCACCGUCAUCUACCUCUGGAGCGCCUAA